AUGAGGAAGCUCAGUGAUCUCUUUGCCCCCCUACUCCAGGAGACUAAUAAGGAGCCCCCCCAGAUGGUGAAUCUAAUUGGCCAUCUCCCAGAAAGUUUAACAAAAACAGAUCAGGUUGCCCCUUUCAAAUUCUUUCAACCUCUUUCCCUUUCCCCUGGGGCUCUUUCUCAAGACUAUUCCUUUAGCUUAGAGCUAGGCAGCAAAGUGGAUAUCUCUGAAGGAGAGAGGAAGCCCAACUCUGCUGCUUAUGGUACUAUGAUCCCUCAGUGUGUCAAGGAGGAAGACGCCCCCCCAGAUAAUGACAGUGGCAUCUGUAUGAGCCCAGAGUCCGACCUGGGCUCUCCUCAGCAUAGCCCUUCCACCUCCAGAGGCUCUGCUAAUGUCAGCCUGCCAUCUCCAGAUGGCCCUUGUGGGUCUAACUGCCCCAAAGCUUAUGACCUUCCUGGAGAUAAAACGGUUAUAGCAAAAGUAAAAGGUAAGAAGAUGGAUAAAAAAUUGAAAAAAAAGGAGCAAACCAAGACAGCAGCUACUGGGUACUGCCAGAAGAAGAGGGAAGAACAGGAAGCUCUUACCGGUGAGUGUAAAGAGCUAGAAAACAAGAAUGAGGCUCUGAAAGAGAAGGCAGAUUCUCUGGCCAAGGAGAUCCAGUAUCUGAAAGAUUUGAUAGGAGAGGUCCGAAAGGCAAAGGGGAAAUAA